AUGCUAUUUUUAUUUUUUGUAUGGUUUCCUAUUCUUAUUUCAUGCUCUUCAUUUCAACUAGAUUUGAGUGGCGAAUGGAAAUUCAGCUCUAAAAAUAAAUCGAUCACUGGGAUAGGUUAAUAUUUCUUUUAAAAAUUAAUUUUUUUUUAAUAAUAAAGAAAAAAACAAAUUGCAGGUGUGAUACCUGGUGAUAUUUUUAGCGAUUUGUAUCGGAAUAGAAUAAUUGAGAAUCCAUUAUUUGGAGAUAAUCAUUUGAAAUUUCAAUGGGUAGCUGAAGAUGAUUGGACUUAUUCGAGAGAAUUUUCAAUUGAAAAUAGUAAUAAUUAUGUAAGGAUUUUUCUUUAUAAUUUUGAACAAUGCUUAUAAAACAGGGUUUUUUCAGUCUCACGCAUUAUUGCAUAUUGGUGAAUUGGACACAAUUGCAGUAGUUUCGAUAAAUAACAAAACAAUUCUGCAUUCUCAAAAUCAAUUCAUUGAACAUAAUGUGGAUAUUUCCAAAUAUCUGAGAUCUGGAAUAAACAUAAUUUCAAUCGAAUUUUCAAGUCCCACAAAAUUUGCAACGCAAUUAGCAGAUGAAUUCGAGUAUUUCAAUAAUCAUGAACUUCCACCUGUUUGUCCGCCAUCGAUUUAUCACGGAGAUUGUCAUCCAAAUUUUAUAAGGUAAAUAUGUUUCAUUUUCAUAGGAAAAAAUAUCAACUGCAAAUAUUUUUAGAAAAGCUCAAUAUAGUUUUUCAUGGGACUGGGGACCAUCAUUUCCAACUGUUGGUGUGCCCGGAGAUAUUUUUAUUAAUUUUUUCGAUUUGCAUUUCUUUGAUGAUUUCACUUGGACAACCGAAUUAAUUGAUGGUAGGUAAAAUUUCAAUCAGUUUUAUGUUUGAAUUUCCAAUUUAUUUUUCAGAUUUUUGGUACGUCAAUAUUGAAUUUUUCUCACUUCAUUAUGGAAUUGAAACAGAUAUUCGAUUUAUUGUUGAGAUUAGUGAUUUAGUGAAACCAUUUUCAUUGACGUAUAGAACGGAUCGAAAUUUGGGAGCUCAUAAUCAUAAAGUGAUAGGAACUUACAAAUUGGAUAUUGAAUCGAAAAAAGUGGAAAAAUGGUGGCCAAAUGGAAUGGGUGGACAGCAUUUAUAUGAGAUUCGAGUUGUGUCGUGUGGAAAAGGUUAUUUUUGGGAAAUAGUAGACAACAUUUUUUUAAAUUCUGUUUGAUCCCCCCUCCCCUCAAUUUUUUUUGUUAAAAAUAUUUUUUGGAAAUUUUGAAUUCACGCCCAAAUCAAAAUUUUGAUUUGGGCGGGAAUGAUCCCCUCCCCCUCGAAAAUUUUUUCCAAAUGUCAUGAUCUCCCCUUCACAGUUUUGGGAGCAGUGUCAUAUAUGUCUCUAAUUUUUGAUUUUUUUUACCAGAAAUCCGCAAACAAAUUGGAUUCAAAACCGUCGAAUUGGUUCAAUCAUUCAUCAAUCCAAAAAUCCCAAAACUGGGAAGAAAUUUCUAUUUCAAAGUGAACAAUGUUCCGAUUUUUCUCAAAGGUUCUAACUGGAUUCCCGUUUCAAUGUUUCGAAAUUUUACAUCAAACACAAAUAAAAUGGAAUUCCUUCUUGAUUCUGCUGCAGAUGUCGGAAUGAACAUUUUGCGUGUUUGGGGUGGUGGAUUCUAUGAAUCUGAAGAAUUUUACAAUUAUGCCGCUGAAAAAGGAAUAUUGAUUUGGCAAGAUAUGAUGUUUGCUUGUGCUUUAUACCCAACUGAUAAAAAUUUUCUCACAAAUGUUAGAAGUGAGAUUGAAUCUCAAGUGACACGAUUGAAAAAACAUCCCUCAAUUCUUGUAUAUGCUGGAAACAAUGAAAAUGAAGCAGCGAUUAGAGGACAUUGGUGGAAAGUGUCAAACUAUUCAGGUAUAAAUGCUAAAAGCUUUUUAAUCCAAGACGGAUUAUCUGACAAAAAGUUGUUUCAGAAAACCAACAAGUUCGAGAUUACGUCAAACUCUAUAGCCAAAUUGCAAAAAUCGUCACAAAAAUUGAUUCAACAAAGCCAUUUGUAAUGUCUAGCCCAUCAAAUGGUAUUGAAACUGAAGAAGAGGGAGGAGUAUCUAAAAAUCCAUAUGAUGUUAGAUAUGGUGACAUUCAUUUUUACAAUGAGUUUGUUAAUUUAUGGCGAGAUGACUCAUUUGUAACUCCGAGAUGUGCAACCGAAUAUGGAAUUCAGAGCUUUCCUUUGAGAGAAACUAUGUUAAAAUGGAUAAAUGAAAGUGAUUGGGAGUAUACUAGUCAAACUAUGUUUCAUCGACAACAUCAUCCUGGUGGAAUUGCUUUCAAUUUACUUAUGAUUUUUUCACAUUUACCGGUAAGAAUUGAAAAUUUCAUAUUUUCCUGAAUCUUUCAAAUAUUAUGAUUAAAAAUAUUCCCUUGUCAAUAAUCCCAUUAAAGAAUGCGCUUAGGAAAUAACAUAUAUUUUUCUAUAGAUACCUGAUCAAUGUCCUUCCAAAUCUCUUGUUGACCUUCACAAAUGCGAAUAUCUGACAUCGAACAAAUACAUGAGUCGUCUUGCUUAUUUUUCCCAAAUACACCAAGCGACUGCACUAAAAACACAAACAUUUCAUUAUCGUCGAUUUAGAAAUUUGACUAAUGCAGAAGGUUUGGGUAAUACAAUGUGUGCAAUGUAUUGGCAAUUAAAUGAUGUUUGGGCUGCACCAACCUGGUCCACUAUUGAUUUUGAGCAACAGUUAGUGAAAAAUGAAAGAAGGGGGUAACUUUUAGGGUAUUCAUGUUUUUUUUUCAGAUGGAAAAUGUCACAUUAUGAAGUGCGCAGAAUGUUCUCGAAUCUAGCUGUAUAUUUGGUAGGUUGUUUUGGGCAAAGUUAAUUAGGGUGUUGUUUUUUUCGGUUCGGAAAAUUAAAAUGAGAUUAGUGUUUGUAUUGGAGCAGUACGAAAAAAAUGAAUUGAAAAUAACAUUUACUUGAACUGAUAAUAAAUAAAACUAGUACAACUAUGUAUAUUAAUGUUUUGCGUCAUAAUUUAUUUCGGGUAACAAUCCUAUGUGGAAAAAGUGAAAAAUGAAACGAGGAAUUCGGAAAACAUGUUGAAAAUUUCAAUUUUCUGACAAAAAAUCGGACCCCUCAAUUAAAAUUCUCAAAUUUCAGUACAUAGAUCCUGCCGACUUCAAUCUAAAACCAGUGAUAAUAAAUGACGAUUUCUCCGAAAUUCUUAAUACAACAAUGCGAUUACAACAACUCAGUUGGGAGAGCGGUUUAGAUCCUGUAUUUUCACAAGAAUAUCCAAUUGAGCGCAUUCAUCCAACCACAGCACAAGAAGUGGAUUUGAGGUUUUUUUCUGACUUUGUUGUUUAUUUAUUUAUCAUACAUAGAUUAUUUUUUCAGCUUAAAUGCUAUAGAAUAUUCAGAACUCUCGGAAUAUUUAUACGUUGUGCAGAUUUAUAAUGCGCAAAAUCAAAUUCUUGCAAGUGAUGUGUUAUUGCCAAAUUUUCUUUUUGAGGUAAUAGAUAAAAGAUUAAGAUUUUCUUCGUCGGAAAAAAAAGACAUCUCAUCGAAAAAUUUAGGUUUCCUUGAACCUAUUCAUGAAUAGAAAAUGAAUCCCCAUAACCACCAUAUUUUUCAGAUAAACUUCUCGACAUUUGGAAAAGUGAGGAUUGAAAAUAUGAGAAAACAAAACGCAGGACUUUAUGAGAUAUUAUUGAGCACUGAUCGAAUUUCACCCUUCACAUGGGUUUCUUGCUCAAAACAGUUCAGCGGUUGGUUCAGUGAUAAUGGUUUUCAUAUGACAGGAAGAACGAAAACCAUAGAACUGGUGCUGAAAGAAGAAAUGAACCUGAGUAUCAAUGACUUUAGUGUUUGUAAUUUGAGAAAUUGUUAUUUAUGA